GCAUGGUCUGGACGCCGCGUCCCGCUCAAGAGUCCUGCACUCUGGAGGAGUCCUGUGUUGUGUGAGGGUCGCGUGGAGCAUCCUGCUCAAGUCAACAGCUAAGGCCCGGGCCUGGCGCAGGGCCCACCUUCGGACAAGUUAACGACCAAACGACACAUUUUCGAAUCAGGUUAGGUCGCUCUGACAUAGAGUUGCAAAAGGCCCGCAGCCUGGGUGCAGCGGGAAGUGAGCCUUAAGCUCGUGCCGAGCGGUGCACUGGGCGGUCAGGACCAUCAGGAUCAGGGGACGGACCAUGAACCGCGUCUGCCUGGCUCGCCUGACCGGGGCGCGGGCGUCGCUGGCGCAGAGCGUCAGAGGGGUGGCCGGUCAGGAGCGCCUGGAGCUGGAGACGCGUCAGGGCGCUCCGGGCGUCAGAGGCGCGGCGGAACAGGAGAGGCCCGAACUCGAGGUCCGCUCGGACAUCUUCUCGGCCCGCCCCACGCGGAGCCUCUUGCGGACGCUGGCCAUCUAUCAAGUGUGUGCCGUGGACCGAAUCGUUGACAAUAGUCUACAGCUGCUACGAUUGGGCGAACGGCUGCUGGGCUCACGCCUGCUGCAGCUGUUGGCGCAGCCGUUCUACCGGCAGUUCGUGGCUGGUGCCGAGCAGCGCGAGCUGGCGCAGGUGGCCGCCACGCUGCAGCGCGACAAUAUCCAGCUGAUGUUGACCAGCAUGCUUGAGGCCGACGUAGACGAGGAGGCAGCCAGCGAGCGGCAGCUGGAGGCUAACCUGGAGGAGGCUCUCAGGGUUCUGACCAUCGUCCGAGAGGUGACGGCCGGCCAGGACCAGGCGGCCCUCCAGGCCAAGUUCACGGCCCAUCUGAACGCCGACCUGCUGGUGCAUAUCUCGCGGGUAUUCUCCUCCAGCGAGAGCCCGUCCAGUCUAGUCGAGCAGUUAGCGAACGCCAUGGUGACAUCAGGUCAGGUCAGCGUACCAGGCUUGACGUCAGAACAGCAGUACGCCUGGGACUCGUGCGUUCGCCGCCUGAAGACGCUGGGCGAGGCCUGCGCAGACAGCGGCAUGCUGAUGUUUGUGGACGGCGAGUUCACCUACACAAACCCGGCCAUCUCCUGGCUGACGCUGGCACUGAUGGCGGUGUUCAACCAGCGGGAGGCCUUCAUCAGGGGCACCCACCAGUGCUACCUCAAGGCGACGCCAGCUAACCUGGAGCGCGAGUACGCCAUCUGUCAGCAGCUGGGCGCAUGUUUUGGCGGGAAACUGGUGCGCGGCGCGUACAUGGCGCGUGAGCGACAGCUGGCGCAGCAGGAGGGGCGUGCCAGCCCCGUCUGCGACAGUUAUGAGGCGACCACGCUCAGCUAUACGCGUGCUGUGGAGUUUGCCCUGCGACGUGUGGCGGAGGACGGUGGGCGCACCCAGAUCAUGGUUGCCACGCACAACCACGAGUCCAUCCUGCACGCGCUCGGGCUGGCGCGCCGGCUGGGCGUGGUGCCCUUCAGCGGUGGCCUCGCCUUCGCCCAGAUCUACGGCAUGGCCGACUACCUGACGGUGCCGCUGGGACGCGCUGGUCACCGCGUCUUUAAGGCGGUGCCGUUCGGCGAAUUUACCACGGUGAUGCCGUAUCUGUCGCGGCGCGCCGCCGAGUCGCGGCUCGUGCAGCAAGGGGUGCGAGUGGAAAAGCAGCUGUUGCUGCGCGAGCUGGCCAGCCGCGUCUAG